AUGGUUCAGACAUAUCAGUCGCCCGUUAGGGUGUACAAACACCCAUUUGAACUUGUCAUGGCUGCAUACGAGAAGCGUUUCCCAACCUGUAAAUUGAUUCCAGUCUUUUUAGGUAGUGAAAUAACUAGCGAGCAUGUCUCAAAGGAUGGAGCAGAGAUUAUUACGGAGCGACGAUGCAGACUGAAUGUAGAUGCCCCUUAUCUUUUAAGAAAGAUUGUGGGAGUGGAUCAUGUGGUAUUUAUCCAGAAGAACCACCUGAAUCGCCGCAAACGCACACUGGACAUUGUUGCUCGUAAUGAGAGCUUUGCUUCUAGACUUUCAAUUCAUGAACACUGUCAUUACUCGGUGCAUCCAGACAACUCCGGAUGGACUUGCUUUGAGCAAGAUGCAAGUCUGGAUAUUAAACAUUUCUUUGGUUUUGAAAGUACAGUUGAAAAGAUUGCCAUGAAACAGUAUGCCACUAAUGUAAAAAAGGGCAAGGAGGUGAUUGAAUUUUACAUAAGCGAGCUUUUGAGCGAGGGUGUGACGCACAUUGCUCCCUGGGUGGGUCCGCCAGAAGAGGAGGUUGCAGAUGAGGAGAAUCCCAGUCAGGAUAGUGGGCUGAGGAGCAGAUCUGAUAGUGUGACUAGUCAGCACAGCCAGCACAGCAUGACUCUUGGAGCCACUGCUGCCUCUAUUCACAGGAAGUCCCUGACACCACCAGAAGGUAAUAUUCCAUGUCCCAAAGCUGACACUGGCAUUGAUAAAAUUGAUGAUGAUUAUAUUGCACGCUUCUUGGGUCACCUGACCAUGGUGGAAGAGAGCCAGCUUGUGCAGCUGAGGCGGUGGCUUCAGAAAACUCAUAAAGGCAAGAUACCCAAGGAUGCUCACAUCUUAAGAUUCUUACGUGCUCGUGAAUUUAACGUUGAGAAGGCUCGUGAAAUGCUGGUUCAUUCACUAGCCUGGCGCAAACUUCACAACAUUGAUCGCAUAUUAGAUGGUUACAAACCACCUGAUGUUCUAGAGAAAUACUACCCUGGUGGUUGGCAUUACUGUGACAAAGAAGGUCGUCCACUAUAUAUAAUCAAGUUAGGUCAGAUGGAUGUUAAAGGUCUGAUGAGAUCAGUAGGAGAAGAGGCCAUAUUGAGACAUGUUCUUGCAGUGAAUGAAGAGGGGCUAAAAAGAGCAGAAGAAGCAACACAGAAACGUGGAUAUCCAGUAAGUGCCUGCACGUGUAUAGUAGACCUUGAAGGCUUAAGCAUGCGACACUUGUGGCGACCAGGCAUACGGGCCCUCCUCAGGAUUAUAGAGACCGUGGAGGUUAACUAUCCAGAAACAAUGGGCCGCCUACUCAUUGUUCGAGCUCCCCGUGUCUUUCCUAUCCUGUGGACACUAGUGAGUCCAUUCAUUGAUGAGAACACACGAAACAAGUUCAUGAUCUAUGGUGGCAAAGACUACCUGAGUGCUGGUGGGCUUGUGGAUUUCAUGGACCAACAGUACAUACCAGACUUUCUCGGGGGAGAUUGUUUUUGUGAUGUACCUGAAGGGGGACUAGUUCCAAAGUCACUGUAUCAGGAAGAGCUUGUUGACAGAUCCCCCGAGGAACAUCCCCUCAGCACCGACAGUCUGUAUCAUACUGCCUCUGUUGUCAAGGAGUUUCCACAUGAG